GCCCCGCCCCGCGCCGCCCCGCGCCGACAAGCGGGGAGGCGGGAGGCGGCGGCGGCUGCUGCUGCUGCGGCUGCGGAGGUGCAGGUGGCGGCGACUGGCGGCGAGAGAGGCGGCGGCCGGCGAUUUAACCCAGAGACCGACUUCCCUCUAAAAGCACCCACAGCUAUAUUCAUGGUCGGGGACAGGUAGUGGCAGCAGGCACGGGAAGCGCAGCUCUGCUGUACCGGGGACAAUGAGUGCGCUCAAACCAAGCGGACUCAAGGUCCCCACCAAGAUCCUCAAGCCUGGCAGCACAGCCUUGAAGACACCCACUGCUGUCGCAGCUCCGGCAGAAAAAGCAGUAUCCAGUGAAAAAGCAUCAGGCGCCCCUCCCUCUGAGACACAAGAGGAAUUUGUGGACGACUUCCGAGUUGGGGAGCGAGUUUGGGUGAAUGGAAAUAAGCCCGGAUUUAUACAGUUUCUGGGUGAAACUCAGUUCGCACCAGGCCAGUGGGCUGGGAUUGUUCUAGAUGAACCCAUAGGCAAGAAUGAUGGCUCAGUGGCAGGAGUCCGGUAUUUCCAGUGUGAACCUUUAAAGGGCAUAUUCACCCGACCUUCCAAGUUGACAAGGAAAGUGCAGGCUGAAGAUGAAGCCAGUGGCCUGCAGACAACUCACGCUUCCAGAACGACCUCGCCUCUGUCCGCUUCUGCAGCCAGCAUGACAGCCUCCUCCCCAGCCACCCCCUCACAUAUUCCCCAGAAGUCGUCCCAGCCAACAGCAAAGGAACCUUCAUCUACACCUCCGAUCAGCAACCUCACAAAAACUGCCAGUGAAUCCAUCUCCAACCUCUCAGAGGCUGGCUCGGUCAAGAAAGGAGAGCGAGAACUCAAAAUUGGAGACAGAGUACUGGUCGGUGGCACUAAGGCUGGUGUAGUCCGGUUUCUCGGGGAGACGGACUUUGCCAAGGGGGAGUGGUGUGGUGUGGAGUUAGAUGAGCCUCUUGGGAAGAAUGACGGGGCUGUUGCUGGCACAAGGUAUUUUCAGUGUCAACCCAAAUAUGGCCUGUUUGCUCCCGUCCACAAAGUGACCAAGAUCGGCUUCCCUUCCACUACGCCAGCCAAAGCCAAGGCCGCCGCGGUGAGGCGAGUGAUGGCCACCACUCCCGCCAGCCUGAAGCGCAGCCCGUCCGCGUCCUCUCUCAGCUCCCUGAGCUCGGUGGCCUCCUCCGUGAGCAGCAAGCCCAGUCGCACAGGAUUAUUGACCGAAACCUCCUCCCGGUACGCCAGGAAGAUCUCCGGCACCACCGCCCUCCAGGAGGCCCUGAAAGAGAAGCAGCAGCACAUUGAGCAGCUGCUGGCCGAACGGGAUCUAGAGAGGGCGGAGGUGGCCAAGGCCACGAGCCACGUGGGGGAAAUAGAGCAGGAGCUAGCCCUGGCCCGGGACGGACACGACCAGCAUGUCCUGGAGCUGGAGGCCAAGAUGGACCAGCUGCGAGCCAUGGUGGAAGCUGCCGACAGGGAGAAAGUGGAACUGCUCAACCAACUAGAAGAGGAGAAAAGGAAGGUGGAGGAUCUUCAGUUCCGGGUGGAGGAAGAAUCAAUUACUAAAGGCGACCUUGAGGUGGCUACAGUAUCAGAAAAGUCUCGUAUAAUGGAGCUAGAGAAAGACCUAGCGUUGAGAGUGCAGGAAGUAGCCGAGCUGCGAAGAAGGCUCGAGUCCAAUAAACCUGCCGGGGAUGUUGACACGUCGCUCUCCCUUUUGCAAGAGAUAAGCUCUUUGCAAGAGAAGUUAGAAGCCGCCCGGACUGACCAUCAAAGAGAAAUCGCUUCGCUGAAGGAGCGCUUUGGAGCCCAGGAGGAGACGCAUCAGAAGGAGGUGAAGGCUCUGCAGGCUGCCUCAGAGAAGCUCUCCAAGGAGAACGAGUCGCUGAAAAGCAAGCUUGACCACGCCAACAAGGAGAACUCGGACGUGAUAGCCCUGUGGAAGUCCAAGCUGGAGACCGCCAUCGCAUCCCACCAGCAGGCCAUGGAGGAGCUAAAGGCUUCCUUCAGCAAGGGGGUGGGGACAGAGACGGCCGAGCUGGCCACACUGAAAACGCAGAUAGAGAAAAUGAGACUAGAUUACCAGCACGAAAUAGAAAGCUUGCAGAAUCAACAAGACUCCGAACGGUCUGCUCACACCCAAGAGAUAGAAGCCGUCAGGGCAAAGCUGAUGGAGGUCAUUAAGGAGAAAGAGAACAGUCUGGAAGCCGUCCAGUCGAAACUGGACAAGGCAGAAGACCAGCACCUGGUAGAAAUGGAAGACGCCUUGAACAGACUGCAGGAAGCCGAGACAAAGGUAAAGGAGCUAGAGGUGCUGCAAGCCCAAUGCAAUGAGCAAACCAAGGUUAUCGAUAGUUUUACGUCGCAGCUCAAGGCUGCCGAGGAAAAGCUGCUGGAUGUGGACGCUCUUCGGAAAGCCAGUUCCGAAGGUAAAUUGGAGAUCGAGAAACUUAGACAGCAGUUUGAGGCAGCUGAGCAACAGAUUAAAAAUUUAGAGGUGGAAAGGAAUGCUGCAAGUGACAAGGCUAGUAGCAUUUCCAAAGAGCUGCAGGGGAAAGAGCUCACACUCAGCAAACUCCAGGAGCACGUGAGUGAAGUCAGUCAUGUGAAAGAGGCUUUGGAGAAAGAACUUCAGGUGUUGAAAGAAAAGUUUGCUGGUGCUUCAGAGGAGGCGGUCUCUGUCCAGAGGAAUAUGCAAGAAACUAUAAAUAAAUUACACCAAAAAGAAGAGCAGUUUAAUGCGCUGUCUUCUGAAUUGGAGAAGUUGCGAGAAAACCUAACAGGCAUGGAGGCAAAAUUUAGAGAGAGAGAUGAAAGAGAAGAUCAGUUGAUAAAGGCAAAAGAAAAGCUGGAAAAUGACAUUGCAGAAAUAAUGAAAAUGUCAGGAGAUAAUUCUUCUCAGUUGACAAAAAUGAAUGACGAGUUACGUCAGAAAGAAAGAAAUGUGGAAGAAUUACAGCUAAAACUUACAAAGGCCAAUGAAAAUGUGAGCUGUCUGCAGAAAAGUAUUGGGGAUGUAACUCUCAAAGCUGAACAAAGCCAGCAAGAAGCAACUAAAAAGCAUGAGGAAGAAAAGAAAGAUUUGCUGAAAAAAUUGCUGGACCUGGAAAAGAAGAUGGAAACGAGCCACAACCAGUGUCAGGAUCUGAAAGCCCGGUAUGAGGAAGCCAGUUCCGAGACCAAGGCGAAGCAUGAGGAGGCUCUGCAGACGCUGCAGACGCUGCUGCGGAGCACAGAGGAGAGGCUGGCGGCCACCCAGGAGCAGAACAAGGACUUGUUGCAGGAAGUGGAGGAACUGAAAAAACAAGCCGAGGAUGCUAGAUCGCUAACUUGUUUGUUAACAUCAGCCCAAAGAGAAACCGAGCUAAUGUCAGAAGAGCUGAGGGGUCUGAGGUCAGAGAAGCAGCUUCUGGUGCAGGAGGGCAAUGCUUUAAAGUCAGAGAAAGGUGCGCUCAUGUCCAAGCUUGUAGAGGCAGAGACCAGAGUAACGUUCCUCCAGGAAGACCAGCGGAAGCUGUGGUCGAUAAACGAAGCCCUCAAUUUAGAAAAGGAGCAACUCUUAGAAGAAAAGCUGCAUCAGCAGGGGCAGCUCCAGAGUGAAGCUCUGGCUGCAGAGAGAGAGAAACUGCUUCAAGAAGUCACUGUCGCACAGGAAGAGCUCCUGAAGAUGCGCACGGAAAGCGCCUCUCUGCAGGCUGCCAGAGCCGCCCUGCAGGCCCUCGUGGAGGAGCUCCAGUUCAGCAAGGAGAGUCUGACUGCCGAGUGCCAGAAGGACCGGGAAGAAAAAGACCGCCUGGAGGACCGCGUCAAGAAGCUCGUGAGCGAGAACCUUGCUGUGGCUAAAGAUAAAGACAAGACCAUUAAGAAGCUGCAGAGCUCUUACGAGGAGCUGGUCAGAGAUCAGAAGGCCUUGGUGCAGGAGAUCAAAGAUCUCACGGCGGAGAAAAAGUCAGCGGCGGAGAAGCAGUCAGGCCUUGAAAACAUAUGCGUAGCCCUAAAGGUCGAAAUGGAUGGGCUCUUGCAGAGCAGCAGGGACCUGCAGCUGGAGAAGGGCGCACUGCUUCAGGACCAGGACAAGCUCAGCGCCAGCCUGGCCACUGCGCUCCAGGUCAAACAGCUGCUCAGCGCCGAAGCCAGCGGGCUCCGUGCGCAGCUGGACACCGCCAGCAAAGGGCUGAGGAAGGCCGAGCUGGAGGCCAUGCAGCUUCAGGCCGCAAACACCAGCCUCACGAAGCUCCUGGAGGAGAUUAAGGCCAGCCGGGAGAUCACGGACUCCGAGUGCAUCCAGCUCCUGCACGAGAAGGAGAUCCUGGCCAUGUCUGAGAGGAGGCUCCUGGCCGAGAAGGAAGAACUCGUGCGUGAAAAUAGGCUCGUCAUUGAGAAACUCGGCCAGUGUUCCGGGGAGGCCGUGCGCGUGGAGACGAGCCUGAAUGAGAAGAUCGCGUACCUGACCUCGGAGAAGGAGACGGUUUGUCAGAAAGCGUCUAAGAUCAAAAGGCAGCUGGACAGCCUCCUGAAGGAAAAGUCUGUGCUGGAAACACAGAACGGAGAUUUACUUGCAGAAAGAGAGAAUUCCAUCAACUGCAUAGGAGAGCUUAAAAGGAAGUACGAGCAAGAGUCUGCAAACAGGAGGCUCGUCGUGCAAGAGAAGAUGAAGCUCUUGGGUAACCUCGAUGCUCUGAAGAAAGAGCUCCAGGAGAGAAAAAAGGAAAACCAAGAACUGGCCACUGCCAAGUGCGAGCUCUCACUGAUGCUGAAAGAGGCCCAGAGCGCCAAAGAGCACCUGGAAAAGGAGCACACCCACAUCCAGCAGGCCAGGGAGGGCCUGAAGGCUGAGCUGGAAACGUGCUGCUCCGAGAAGGACCAGAUGCUGAGGGACGGGCUGAGCCUGCAGGAGGAGUGCCAGAAACUGAAGGAGGAGGUGCGCGUGGUGCAGCAGUCCUUGCUCCUGGAGCAGGAGGCCCGGGCCAAGGAGAGCGAGUCAGCCUCCUACGAGAACAGCAAGUUACUUGGGAGGGCAGCGCGCCUGGAGCAGGAGCUGGAAGAGCUGAGAGCAUCCACCAAGGAGCUCCAGGCUGAAAACGUGGGGCUCGUCCAAGAGAAGAGCACCUCGGAGCAGAAGGUGGCGGAGAUCCUGAAGGAAAAGGAGCUCCUGACUGCAGAAACGGCGCGGCUGGCUGCCAACAUCGAGACGCUGCGCAGCGACUUCGCCUCCCUGUCCAAGUCCAAGCUGGAGUUGCAGGAGCUGCACAGCUGUCUCAGCAAGAUCCUGGAUGACCUGCGGCUGAGCCACCAGGCGGCCGUGGCCGAUCGGGCCCAGGCGCUGCAGGACAACAGCAGCCUGCUGGCCGAGAAGAGGGAAGUGGCGCUGAAGUGGGAUGAGCUCCUGAAGGAGAAGGAGACGCUGGCCGAAAGCUACUUCAUCCUCCAGAAGGAGAUCAGCCAGCUGGCCAAAACCAACAGCCACAUUUCCGCCAACCUCCUAGAGUCUCAGAACGAAAAUCGUAUCUUGAGGAAAGACAAGAGCAAGCUCACCCUUAAAAUUAGAGAGCUCGAAACUCUUCACUCUUUCACGGCUGCUCAAACAGCAGAAGACGCCAUGCAGAUCAUGGAACAGAUGACCAAAGAGAAGUCGGAAACUCUCGCCUUCUUGGAGGAUACCAAGCAAACCAAUGAAAAACUCCAGAAUGAAUUGGAUACACUUAAAGAAAACAACUUGAAAAAUGUGGAAGAGCUGAACAAGUCGAAAGAACUUCUGACUGUCGAGAAUCAGAAAAUGGAAGAAUUCAGGAAAGAAAUAGAAACCCUGAAGCAGGCAGCUGCUCAGAAGUCCCAGCAGCUUUCAGCACUGAAAGCGGAGAACGUGAAACUUGCCGAGGAGCUGGGGCGAAGCAGGGACGAAGUCUCGAGUCAUCAGAAGGUGGAAGAGGAGAGAUCUGUGCUCAACAAUCAGUUGUUAGAAAUGAAAAAGAGAGAAUCCCAGUUGAUAAAAGACGCAGAUGAGGAAAAAGCCUCCUUGCAGAAGUCCAUCAGCAUUACUAGUGCCUUACUCACGGAGAAGGACGCCGAGCUGGAGAAGCUGAGGAACGAGGUCACGGUGCUCAGGGGAGAAAACGCCUCUGCCAAGUCCUUGCAUUCAGUUGUCCAGUCUCUUGAGUCUGACAAGGUGAAGCUCGAGCUCAAGGUCAAGAACUUGGAGCUUCAACUCAAGGAAAACAAGAGGCAGCUCAGCAGCUCCUCAGGUAAUACUGAUACUCAGGCGGAAGAGGACGAAAGAGCCCAGGAGAGUCAGAUUGACUUCCUAAAUUCAGUAAUAGUGGACCUUCAGAGGAAGAAUCAAGACCUCAAGCUGAAGGUGGAAAUGAUGUCAGAAGCGGCCCUUAAUGGAAAUGGCGAUGACCUAAACAAUUAUGACAGUGACGACCAGGAGAAACAGUCCAAGAAGAAACCUCGCCUCUUCUGUGACAUAUGUGACUGCUUCGAUCUCCACGACACAGAGGACUGUCCCACCCAGGCGCAAAUGUCGGAGGACCCCCCUCACUCCACACACCACGGCAGUCGGAGCGAGGAGCGCCCGUACUGUGAGAUCUGUGAGAUGUUUGGGCACUGGGCAACCAACUGCAAUGACGACGAGACCUUCUGACGAAGCCUCACAUCCAGGACUGGGCUUUCUCGGACGCACCAGCAUCUGGGCAACCGAACACCAGCAUUACCUGUGCAGACUUCCGGACAACUCACGUUAUUUUUGACCCCCACCAACAAAUCUAAGAAAAUAUUUUGAUCUUCAACAAAUCGCCCUUUUAGUUUCCCCGUAUACAUUAGAAUAAUAAAUACUUACUUAGGAGGUGAGUUUUCACCUCUUAUUUUUGGCGUCUUGAUUUUUAAGUUCCAACAGGACGUUGCACCAGAGGUCGUUACAUAGAUUGUCCCGAGGGAAACCUCCAAGAACAAUCCCUACCCUCCAGUACCUUAUUUAAGUAACUUUAAAUUAUGCCAUUCUCAUAUUUGCACUAAAAUCUUCCCAGGCUGUGUUUUUGUAUAGUGAGAUGUUUUGGUUAAGCUUUGACACUGGAAUGAGUUGAAAAAAAAUGUGCCAUUUUGCAUUUUCAUCUACUCUCAUAGAGCAUUUUAUUUUUAGUUGAAAUAUCUGAGAUCUUUGCACUACCUGAUGUCAGUAGUGCCUUUACUUCAGGCUUGGUAACACUUAGGUGUGAUGUUAAAUCAUGAAACAGGUAAAGGGAGGGGGGAGCCCCCAAACUGCUGUGGGACGUUUUAUAAUCGAUAUGCUGCACCCACUUACUCUACUGUGGCGCUUUGUGUAUUGGUUUUGCAUAAUUUCAGCUAUAUAUUGUAUGUAUAUAUUUUUUAAAAAUCUCUAUUUUGGGAAAAAGGAUUCACAAUUGUGUCUUUCUUUUCAGAUUUUUACCUUUAUGAAAAAGAAAACACUUAGAAUGUUUAUCAGGAUUUAAUGGGCUAGGCCAGGAAUAGCAUCACACAGCUUUGGAGCUAUUUUUUAUUUUUGUUUUCAUUUUGUUUCUUUAUCAGAUCUAAAUAAAUACAAUAUUUUUCCUUCUCUAGCAGAUAUCCCCAGCAGUCGAUUAAUUAGAUAAUAAGCUGCUAUACAACACUUACAUUAACCAAUCUACAAUCUUUACAAGUUGUAUUUACUGUCUUUUUAGAUGAAUGUAUGAUGAGAAAUUCAAUAUUAAUAAUUUUGGAUUUUCUUAUCACAAAAAAUUAAAUGAAGGACCUCAGCCACCAGAAGUUUAUCAACCAAUUUUAUUAAACUAUUUAUCUUGUUUUGAAUUGAAUGUCUUCUAGAAGAUGUAAAAAGUAAUAAAUGUAUCUCCAUGCUACAUGUAUAAUAAGAACUUCUAUAAUUGUAUAUAUGCCUUUGAUGUAUUUUCCCCUCAAGAUUAUUAACUGUAUUUGACACGUGAAAAACCUGUAAUCAAUUGAAAUUUCUGGUUAUAAACAUAAUAGGAAUUGUUUCACAAACAAUAUGUAAAGCAGUAUUAAAAUUUGAGCAAAAAAUGUUCUGUACCUACUUUAUUUUAG